CCCAUGGAAGCUGAUGAAUACUGUGUGUCCACUGAAUCCAUUGUGCAGUUCGUUACGGUCAACUUAUUUCAGAAAUCAAAUGCCCGUAGCAGUGACCGACCUGUAUUUUUUUUGUUCUCUUCUCCGACUUGUACAUGUCUCCGUUAGCUACAUUAUCUUACGUCAUGGGGAUUGCAAGUCAAAACACAUGCCACCAAGGUUAUCUCCUCAAGCCAUGUAAGAUCCGUUGACGAGUUAGACGCCCAUACCCAACCCCAUCUUGCCCAUCUCCCGCUUCGCUUAUCUCCCAACUCUCUUCAUCUCUCUCUCUCUCUCCAUGGGCCGCGGACUCCGAGGCAUCGUCGGAGCGGUGAAGGACACGGCCUCUCUAAGCAAAGCCACCCUCCUCUCCUCCUCCUCCGCCGCUCAGCUGGCAGUCCUCCGCGCCACCACCCACCAACCCUCGUCGGAGCCCACGGACCCCCGCCACCUCGCCGCCCUCCUUGCCUUCGGUCAUGGCUCCCGCGUCGCCGCCGCCGCCUGCGUCUCCGCGCUCGCUGCCCGCCUCCACUCCACCCGCGACCCCGCCGUCGCCCUCAAGUCCCUCCUAGCCCUCCACCACCUCCUUGCCCGCGGCGCCUUCAUCCUCCGCGACCAGCUACCCCCCGCCCUCCUCCGCCACCCUGCCUCCGGCCGCAACCCCCUCGCCCUCCCCACCUCCGCCUUCCCCUCCGCCGCCUUCCCCCUCGCCUCCUGGGCCCGCUGGCUCGCCCGCCUCCUCGAGCUCCUCCUCGUCGCCGCCACCGUCACCGCCACCUUCCCCCCCUCUCACUACCACAAAGUUGUCGAUCCCCACUCCUCCAACGACCGCCUUGCGUCCUUGUUGAAUCGAGACCUCCUUAUCGAGCUCGAAGCCCUCGUUGCCGUCAUCGAGGAGAUCGCCCGCGCUCCUGCGGCGACGGCGGCGGUGAAGGGGAACAAGCUAAUAUCGGAGGCGGUGAGAAUAGUGGUGGAAUAUAGGGUCACCGCGGAGCAGGAGAUACUGGUCCGGGUGAGGGAGCUGGGGGAGCGGAUCGGGUCGCUCGGGUUCGCCGACUCGAUCGAGCUGGUCUGCCUGCUGAGGCGGCUUGAGGAGUCCAAGGACCGGGCGGAUCAGCCGUCGGACGGGAGAUGGACGGAUGAUGAUUGGUUUUGGGUGGAGGUCCGGGAGCUGAAGGAGCAUGUUGAGAAAGUUGUGGUGAGGAAGGAGGAGGAAGGGAGAGCGAGGGUGAGGAGAGAGAAAUUAGGGAGCUCGUCGGCUCGGAUGAUGGACCGGCUUCCUUCCGGACCGAUCGUGCCGGUCCGGUUCAGCUCGAGCAGGUGGGUUGACCGUUGAUGUCAUAUGGGCCUUGUUGUAUUAUUAUAUUGUAUUGGUGGAAUCAAUAAUGGAAGGUGUUGUGAUAUAAACAACAAGGGCGGUGGGGGAUAUGCCCCAAAGUACAGCAUCUAGUGGGUGAAAAAAAAAGAGUACAUGUUUUGCUUAGUUAUUUAGUUUUGGCCACAACAGCCGACAAACUUAUUGGAAUCGUGGCAAAUUUUUUUUUUUUUUUUGGCAAAAUAAUAAAGUUGGUGGUUGAGAUUGUUCUAUUC